UGGAGGGGCGCGCUCUCUCCCGGCCUGUGUGGAGCUCGGCGGCUGCAGACGCGGCGGCGACGGCGGCGGCACGGCAGGCGGCGGCCCCGGGAGCGGCAACAUGAGCGGAUCACAGAACGAUGACAAAAGGCAAUUCCUGCUGGAGCGACUGCUGGAUGCAGUAAAGCAGUGCCAGAUUCGCUUCGGAGGGAGAAAGGAGAUCGCAUCAGAUUCUGACAGCAGGGUGACCUGUCUGUGCGCCCAGUUUGAAGCUGUCCUUCAGCAUGGCAUGAAGAGGAGCCGAGGAUUAGCGCUUACAGCAGCAGCCAUCAAGCAGGCCGCAGGCUUCGCCAGCAAAACCGAGACAGAGCCUGUGUUCUGGUUCUACGUGAAGGAGGUCCUCAACAAGCACGAACUGCAACGCUUCUAUUCCCUGCACCACAUCACGGCAGAUGUGGGCCGAGGCCGGGCCUGGUUACGCUGUGCCCUCAAUGAGCACUCCCUCGAGCGCUACCUGCACAUGCUCCUGGCUGACCGUGCCAGGCUCAGUACGUUCUAUGAAGACUGGUCUUUUGUGAUGGAUGAAGAACGGUCCAGUAUGCUCCCUACCAUGGCAGCUGGUCUGAACUCCAUACUCUUUGCCAUUAACAUUGACAAUAAGGAUUUGAAUGGGCAGAGCAAAUUUGCUCCUACUGUCUCUGACCUCUUAAAGGAGUCAACGCAGAAUGUGACAUCUUUGCUGAAGGAGUCCACACAGGGCAUGAGCAGCCUUCUCAGGGAGAUCACGGCAUCCUCUGCUGUCUCCAUUCUCAUCAAGCCGGAGCAGGAGACUGACCCUCUGCCUGUCAUAUCCAAGAACGUCAAUGUUGAUGCCAGAUGUAAACGGGAGCGUAGGAGGAGAAAGAAGGUGACCAACAUUGUCUCUUUUGAUGAUGAUGAUGAGGAGCAGAACAUUUCGGACACUUUAAAAAAGAUGCCUGGGACUGCAGAAAGCUCGGAGGAGAACUCUGACCGGUCCUCCAACAUCAUGGCAGCCUUUGAAGGCCCCUUUGGGCCAAAUUCAAAUGGGAGCCAGAGCAGCAGCUCAUGGAAAAUUGAUUCUGCUUCUUUGAAUGGGGAGUUGGGCUACCAAAAGCUUGAUGUGAAAAGCAUUGAUGAUGAUGUGGAUGAAAAUGAGGAGGAUGUAUACAGGAACCCACCGGGAAGGAAGCACACAGGCCGCUUGGGGUCACCAGACAAGCCAUUGGAUGGGAACACCUGCCUACCCCAGGUACAUGGAUGGGCCCCAUUGCAGGUGUUACACGGAGAUGCUGAUGCCGACACUGACGUCCUCUUUCCUGUGAGUGGAGUAGGCUCCUAUGGUGCAGCAGAUGCCCCUGUGGGAAGUCUGGAGAAUGGGACAGGACCAGAGGACCACGUACUCUCAGAACCUGGCCUUCGGUACAGUUCUCCAGGCCAAGGAAGUCCUCUGAGCAGCCUGUUACCUUCUGCUUCAGUGCCUGAGUCCAUGACAGUUCAUGAACUACGCCAGGCCAUCGUGGCCAUGAUGAACAGAAAGGAUGAACUGGAAGAAGAGAAUGGGUCACUGCGGAAUCUCCUUGAUGGUGAGAUGGAGCACUCAGCUGCACUCAGGCUAGAGGUGGACGCCUUGAAAAGGAAGGUGACCGAGCAGCAGGAGCGCCAUACCACAAAGGUCCAGGCACUGGCAAGAGAAAACGAGGUGCUCAAAGUCCAGCUGAAGAAGUAUGUAGGAGCUGUCCAGAUGCUGAAAAGAGAAGGUCAAACAACUGAAGUGGUACCCAGUCUUUGGAACGCUGAUGCAGAAGUUACAGUCCCUGAACAGAAGCCCGGGGAAGUUGCUGAGGAACUAGCAAGCUCCUAUGAGAGGAAGCUCAUUGAGGUGGCCGAGAUGCAUGGGGAGCUGAUCGAGUUCAACGAGCGUCUACACCGGGCCCUGGUGGCCAAGGAAGCCCUGGUGUCCCAGAUGAGGCAGGAGCUGAUCGACCUCAGAGGCCCAGUACCUGGAGAUUUGAGCCAAACAUCUGAAGACCAGAGUUUGUCGGAUUUUGAAAUAUCAAAUCGGGCGCUGAUCAAUGUCUGGAUCCCUUCUGUGUUUCUCCGAGGCAAAGCAGCCAACGCAUUCCAUGUGUAUCAGGUCUACAUUCGGAUAAAGGAUGACGAGUGGAACGUGUAUCGGAGGUACACAGAGUUCCGGGGGCUGCACCACCAGCUGCAGAGUGCGUUCCCACAAGUAAGGGCCUACAACUUCCCACCCAAAAAGGCCAUCGGAAACAAGGAUGCCAAGUUUGUGGAAGAGCGACGAAAGCAACUCCAGAGUUACCUACGAAAUGUCAUGAACAAGGUCAUCCAGAUGGUGCCAGAGUUUGCUGCCAACCCCAAGAAGGAGACCCUGGUGCAGCUGGUGCCCUUCUUUGUGGACAUCACCCCACCUGGAGAACCACUGAACAAGAACAGUAGGCCUAAAGUAGCUUCUCGCUUCCCUAAGCUGUCCCGAGGCCACCCCAGGGAGAUUCGCACUGUGGAGCCUCAAAGUGGUGACCUCUGACCUCAGUGGAAUCUCUGUGUUCAACCUAGCCAUGGCAGCUGGCCCUGGACACCUUGGCAGGAUGGCCAUGUCCCCAGAGAGAACACACCCUUCCUGCUGCCACAUGCCACCCGAUUAAACUGGUCAGUUUUAACUGCUGGGUCUCUGUCCUUAGAGCAAGGCAUUGCUCACUGGACAGACACAGGUGGAGACACUGUCACUACCCCCAGGGUGGCCAGGUAUGGUUCUCACCAACUCCAGUUCUGCCAGCAGGACAGUGGGUGUCAGGCUGCACCCAGACCCCUGGCUGAGAUGCACGACACAUAGGCAGGAGGGUCCUUCAGGUGUCGCCCAUGACACUGUCCCCUGUGGGAACUAGAAUGACUGUUACACUCUCGGAUCUCCUGAUCCAACUGCCUGCGCCUGUGGACGAGGCCUCCUUGCCCUUCCUCUUGCCCCUGUGGUGGUUAGACACCCAACAGCACUGCCACAUGGCUGGUAUGGAUGUGAUUUCUCCAGGUACAUCAUCUAGUGGCCUAGCAAAGGCAUUGGCAGUGACUUUGGUCCUUGAAGAACUCAUCUUUCCCUCCUUGUGCUGGCUCCAGGAAGCACCAUUCAUACAGGAAACCUGAGGCUGUCCCAGCAAGGACAGCCAGUCAGAGCUGAGGGGUCCACCAUCCAGCACAGCCCUCAGCAGCAGCCUGGAAACCCUGAGGAGUACGUCCCUGGCUGUGACCUCAGGUCACCAGAGACUUGGCGCUAGGCAUUAUUACUGUGGAAGACCAGCCCUAUAGGAUCUCAGACCCAGUGCCAGAACCGAAAAGAGAAUGAUUGUCCCCUGAACAUGUUUAGCACAAACUGUCCCUAACACACCUCAGUGGGAGCAGAAUGCUGUGGCUCCCCAGGAGGACGUUCUACUAUUGCUCUCAUCUCAGGGCACUGUCUUAGAGCCCGGGGCUCUCAGGUAUGGGGUAGAAUAAGAUCCAGCUGCUCUGCAGCUCUGCCUUCCUCUGCCACCAAUCCUGGGUCCCUCUGACUCUCAGAACAUACUGUCAUGGUGUGUCUCACUAGGUCAGAACCUCCUUGCUGUCUUGGUACAGCUUAGAGGAGCCUGCAGAAAGGACCACGUACCAAGCAGUGUGCACUUCUCUACUUGCCAAGGAGUUUCCAGGGGCGGCUACCAAGGGGCAACUACCUAGGUUGCCCCUGAGCAUGGGCUCAGAAGGGCUUCAGCUCAAAGCUAGACCUUGGCAAGUGAUCCGGGGAAGCAGGGCUUUUCCCAGCCAUGGAAACCUUGGGGAAAGUUCCCUAGAAGCCAGAAAGGAAAUCAGAGUGCAGGGAGAGACCUGAACCGCUCCAAUUCUAGAGGGCACCUCUGGCCAGGUGGGCUGUGCACAGGUAAGGCAGAACACAGCUGCCCUCCAUCAUGGCUGAAGAAGCAGUUUGCUGGGAAGGGAGGACCCAAGAGGCUUCUCGGCCCUAGAAAGCCAACAUGGUUCCUUUCUUGUUUGCCUAAGAUGCCACGGGCUCCACACAAACACCACACUCAGAGUAUGGGCAACUGGACCUAGCAGCCAAAAAGGCCCCGUGAGGCUCUAGCAGCCCCAACUCCACCUCCUGAGCUGGGGAAGUCAGCACAGAGACACUUCAGAUUCCAUCCUGUUCUGUACGGAAAGGAUCCUGCCACCUCCCACAUCUCCAAAGCCCAGAGUCUCAAGUAACAGGCCCUGGGGACACCUGGUCCAAACCCAUGCCACUAAGAGUCUGGGCUCUCUCCCUGUAAACACAGCACACAGAACCAUCUUCACAUUCAGACUCUGCAGCUAAAGCACAGGAAGGAGGGAGGGGGAAAGAAGGAAGGAAGGAAUGAAGGAAGGAACAAAGACAGGCAGGCAAACAUCCAGAGUAGAUGCUUUGGUUUCCAAGGAAUAAUUGUGGGAAAUUUGCCCAACUCUGCCAUAAUGUGAAUAUAAGAGAAUGGUUCCAGGGGCCUUGUGGGACCUUUGGUUGUUUGCUAUCUGUCUCCUACCCAUUCCCUUGUUUCUCCAUGUUGGGGACUGACACAAGGGCCUUGCAAGUGCUGGACAGAAGCUCUCCCCUAAGCCACACUCUAGCCCUGCCCACACUCUGUUUCCACAGAAACCCAGCAAUCACUCUUGGCUCCAGAUGGCCCAUCUCAUUACCUCACAAUAGCAUGUGAUCCCCCUGGAAAUUGGGCAUAGCUGUGCAGGGCAGGGUUAGGUGGUGGAAGGCUAUUCUCACAAUGCUCCCCAGAUCUGAGGCUCAGAGUCCAAGAGGAAUGCAGAGCCAUGGUCACCCAGUGAGUGUGACUAUCCCCACCUCUACAGGAUACUGCUUCCUAACCAUGAACUUGACUGUGGCCCUGGCAUUCUUGUGGCUGCUGAAACUUCAUUCUUAGAAAUGUUCUCCUGCCCUGAGGCCCAUGUCAUGGUGUUAUAGGCCUUGGUUCCUGCUCCAUCUACUCCAGCUCUGUAUGUCUGUAUAACCUCUAGACAUAACUGGCCCCUCAGGAAAUGCUGGGCCCUGUUCUCCAGGGUGUACCACCAGACUGCCUCACUUUAGCAGCCUGCACCUGCACACACCUUCCCAGUAUGAUCAGCUUUUGGGGUCCUUUGAGGCUUGGAUCUAGGAGCAGUCUCAGCUGGGCGCCCUGCCCCUGCCCUGCUACAUCGUUUGAGAGGCACACAAGAAGGAGCUGCCUCAUGCCCAUGGCAAUAACAGUCCUGAUUGCCCAACACCCCCACGUAGGGACAUUGCCACCCAACCCCAGAGCCGCCCCCUGGCCUGGGAGCUGUCAGAAGGCAGGUUCCUCCUUACUAACAAGGUCUAUUGUAAUGAACAUUCUUCAAAUAUUGUGCAUUAUUUCACUAAAGCUAGUAUUAAAUGUUUGCUGUUUAGGUUGGUUCUGCACUAACUUUGCACAACUGUAGCACUGUAUUUUAUCUAAUGUUUCUGUGCCAAAAAGUUCAGCCCCUGUUGCUGACACAUGUUCUCCAUCAUGUUUCUGAAGUAAAGUUUAGGUAGUGAAUGGGAAGGCUAGAGUGCACAGUAGCAGUGCUGGAGUGGCUGCUGUGCUGAGGCCUUGGGUCCACAUCUCACUGGGGCUGUGUUCUCCUGCCCUGAAGACAUCUGCUCACCACCUGUUCCAGCUACUGCCUUUCCAGCCGCCAUCUGCAACCUGCUCAGUUCUGCCCCCAACAGGGGGAGGCCACUUGACCACAUGGAGGUUUGUCUGUCUCUGUGAGUUUUUUUUCAUCAGGAUGAAUUGGAAAGCCCCAGAAAGAGUUGGGGCAUAGGACAAGUGACAGUGUUUGCACAGGAGCCAUAGGGUUACUCAACACCCGGGAAGAGAACCUGAGAUCUGGGCCCUCCAGAUGGGGUGAAGGCUCUGGCUGGCUGUCUCCAUCCACCCUGGAAAGCUCUGUGGUUGCUACAGCCCUAAGCUGGAGCCUGUGGGUACAAACAGCCCAGAAGUCUGAGCAUGUGGUAUCCCGACUCCCCUCUUAUGUUAAGGUUUACACAAUAGAAUUUUUAAACAAAUAUGUUUAAUUUUCUAAAAUCUCUUGUAUUAAAAUUUUCUUUUGAAAUAA